ACGACUGUCAGACUCUCACCGGUCAGGGCGACUCGAUCUUUUCUACGGACGACACCUGCUCUAAGGACUGCUCUUGGGAGCUCUUUUUCGGACGAAUGCUGCCCUGUGGGUGUUGAUUCAGUUUACCACCUCGACCGUGAAUUUCCCAUUUAAUUUUCGACUCCGAUUGAAAGUGUUCUAAGUGCGGCCGAAGAAUCCUCUCUACUGCCAUGUCGGAAGAAGCGGUCGACGUGAGGCUCUACAUCUACGAUCUCUCGAGGGGCAUGGCCAAAGCGCUGAGCCCCAUGUUUUUGGAAUUUUUCCCAACCGGGAAAGAAAUCCCCGCGAUAUGGCACACCUCGAUCGUCGCUUACGGCAGGGAAUACUUCUACGGCUCGCAGGGUGUGGAGUCUUGCGGGCCGGGAGAGACGAUUCUGAAGGAGCCGAUGCAGAUUAUGCCCCUCGGUAAAACUGAGGUGCCUUACGUGAUCUUCUUCGAGUAUAUCAUGGAGCUGGGCGAAACGACUUUCCAUGGGUUGAAAUAUGACUUGUUCAAACAUAACUGCAAUACAUUCAGCCACGAGGUGGCCCAAUUUCUCACGGGCCGUGGCAUUCCCGAUGAAAUUCUGAGCCUCCCCGAUGAGGUUCUCAACACACCCUUCGGUGCGAAUAUCGCUCAGUUGCUGAGCGCACAGCCUUCGAUUAGGGGCGAGAACGCGAGGGGAAUCUCGUUUGGAGAAAACGCACAGCGGAACCUCCGACGGAGAGAGGGUUCACCGGAAAGACAGGCUAUCGAUCCGAUCAGUAGACCGCAUCUCCCAGACCAGAGGAUGAGUGACACGGUCGAGAAUCCCGGACGCGAGAGCGAAUCUCCGGAAAAUCGAGCUCCGGUGACUCCGAGAAAAACAAGACGCUACGAUGAUCCGGCCAUAUGCUUCGAGCCAAUCGACGGAACGUCGGCGUUGCAAGUUGUCGAAGAGAGGCUGCAGGGUAAAUUAUCGGAGGAGGACUCCUCUUGUCUCCGGGAGUUCGCUGAGUACAUCAACACAGACUGUGGUUCCUGGUCUCUGGGAGGGCCUCAUCUCGAUCUUCUGGGUGUGCUGCUAGCCGAUAACCAAGAUCCAAAAAUCCGAUUGGCGACCGUCCAAUUUCUAUCAGCUUGUGCCCUGAAAGAGGACUUCAUUCUUUUUUUGCACCAGGAUCGCAAGAGUCAUGCAAUCCUCAACUACGUCUUCAAGAUUGAGAAACUCCCAGUGGAUGAACAGGAUGCCAUCAUGAUCCUGAUGUGCAACUUUUGUAAACAUAACUCAUCAUUCGACUGGUUGAUGUAUAUUUCUGAAUGGCCCGCUGACGACGGAACGCCAGGCUCUUGCAACAACUGCAAGGUGACCACUCGCGCUGUCGUACACGCUUUGCUCUGUGACCGGAAGGACACUCAAGAGAAGGCCGCCGCUCUCAUGUAUAACCUUGCUCUUAAAGAGCUUUUCGACGAUCAAGCCACCGAAUUCGCUACAGCGUUGCUUCAGUACUUACACUCGGAACUAAGUGAAGAAGCAAGUUGGAGAGCUCUUGUUGCUCUCUUCCGAUUCUGUCAGAUAAGCUAUAACGAUGUACCGGCACUCUGCAGCAUGCUCGGACCAGAUUUGGAGAAAUUCACGAAAAUGUCGAAACGAGUCGAUACAGCUCUGAAAGACCUCAGAGACAAAAUCGCUAGACCCGGAGGAGCAAUUGUUUGAGCACAACGCUGAACAUAGAUGGCCUCGAGCUGACGUGACUUCCGCCACCGAUAGUUUUAAUUCGAAUGAGCCCGGUUGAUUGAGGUAUCGACGACUUAUGAUAUUUGAUGUGAUUGUGAUCUUAGUCCAAAUUGAACGAUUUGCAAAGUGGAUCUCUCUGGUACGGCUUCAGAAUCUACUGCGCGCGGAGCCAAUGGCAUUAUAUUCGUGGAAUUCGGUCAAGAGUAUAUUCUGCUAAUAAAAUUGAGAGCUU